AUGCUCUCCACACUCAGACAAGCUGCAGCUCGCCCACUUGGCAUCAGAUGUUUUGCAGCCGCCAAGGAUAUCCGCCAUGGCAGCGAAGCCAGGGCACUUAUGCUUGAAGGUUGCAAUCGUUUGGCAGAUGCAGUCGCAGUGACUAUGGGGCCGAAGGGUCGAAACGUGGUCAUCGAGCAGUCAUUCGGAGCACCGAAGGUGACGAAGGAUGGAGUAACAGUUGCAAAGUCCAUUGAUUUAAAGUCUGCUCCGAUGGUCAACGUGGGUGCUCAAUUGGUGAAGACAGUUGCAAGCAAAACCAAUGAUGUUGCUGGUGAUGGCACGACGACCGCCACAGUGCUGGCUCGUGCAAUUUUUAGAGAAGGCUGCAAGGCUGUAGCUGCUGGGAUGAAUCCGAUGGACAUCAAGCGUGGUAUGGACCAUGCUGCAAAGAUAGUGCUAGAGGACCUUGCUAGCCAAGCCACUCACAUUGAAACUCCGGACAAGAUUCGGAGUGUCGCAACCAUUGCUGCGAAUGGGGAUGAGCAGAUUGGCAAGAUGAUUACAGAGGCGUUUGAAAAGGUUGGGAAGGAUGGCACCAUCACAGUGUCGGACGGGAAAACCAUGGACCACGAACUGGAGGUCGUCGAGGGUAUGCAGCUUGAUCGAGGGUACAUCUCUCCGUACUUCAUCACCAACGUGAAGGCGCAGAAAGCUGAGAUGGAGAAUCCACUCGUGCUCAUUUUUGACAAGAAGAUCUCCUCUGUCCAGGCAAUUCUCCCUCUCUUGGAGCAGGUAGCCAAAGUGCAAAAGCCUUUGCUGCUCAUUGCAGAAGAUGUGGAUGGUGAGGCUCUCUCGAUGCUCAUUGUAAACAAACUCAGGGGUGGCCUGAAGGUCGCUGCCAUCAAGGCCCCUGGUUUUGGUGACAACAGGAAGGCCAUCCUUCAGGAUCUCUCAGUGCUGACUGGGGCAGAGCUCAUCACAGAGGAAUUAGGUGGCAAAUUGGAGGACGUGCAGCUUUCGCAGUUGGGCACUGCCAAGACCAUCUCCAUUGACAAGGAUAGCACUGUGAUUCUAGACGGAGCCGGUGAGAAGGCAAAGAUUGAGGAGAGAUGUGAGAGCAUCCGAGACAGCAUUGACGCAUCCACUUCUGAGUACGAGAAGGACAAAAUGAAGGAACGCCUUGCCAAGUUGAGCGGAGGUGUUGCAGUCAUUAAGGUGGGUGGGGCAAGUGAAGUGGAAGUCAAUGAGACCAAGGACCGCUUGAACGAUGCCUUGAAUGCCACCAAAGCAGCACUGGAAGAGGGCAUCGUUCCUGGCGGAGGUGCUGCUCUUCUGUAUGCCACUCUGAAGCUGGAGGCGUAA